AUGAGAGAGCUGAAAUUCCAUGAAAAGAAGCUUCUGAAGAAAGUCAACUUCCUCGAGUGGAAGAACACAAACACAUCGCUUGAACACCUUGCUAUUGUAAAGUACUGUCUGCGGGACAGAGAGGAGUAUGUGAGAUAUAACAGAAUAGUAGGGAAGAUACGGAAGCUGGCCGAGAAAUUAGCAAAACUUCCCGAAAACGAUCUCAUUAGGGCAAAUGUAACCAAGAAGCUUGUAGGGAAGCUAUACAGUAUUGGAAUCAUCAAAAAUAGAAAGCUUGUGGACUGUACUAAAGUAACUGUUUCUUCAUUCUGUGAGAGACGGUUGCCGAUGGUUAUGAAGAGAAUCAGAAUGGUCCCCAAUUUCAAGGACGCCACGAGAUUUGUUGAGCAUGGCCAUGUUAGGCUUGGGUCGAAGGUUGUUUACGAUCCCUCAACAAUUAUAAGUAAAGCCAUGGAGGACUUUGUGUCUUGGGUCGACGAGUCCAAGAUCAAGAAGAAGAUCGACGAGUUCAACGGAGUGGCCGACGACUUCAACUAUGUUUGA